AUGUCCACAUCUUACAAGCAUACUCUAUUCCUCUGGAUCGAAGGUUACUUUCCCAAGCGAAUCACCUAUUACCUUCUCUCCAAGGGCAUCUGCUCGUCUGUCGAACAGCUGUAUGAUGGAAAGACCAACGAGAGCAAUCUGAAAAUAGUGCCCAUUACUUUUACUGGCGAUGGCUUCGUUUCACAAGAUCCUGAAGAGCCCUUGCCACCCGGUAGCAAAGUGCCCGCACUCCGUCUUGAUGAUACUGAGAGUGGCAGAUCAGUCUUGAUCCACGAGACAUGUAGCAUCAUCAACUAUCUGGAAGAAGUGUUUACCGGCAACAAGUACCGUCAGAUGUGGGCUACAAGUCCCAUUAACAGAGCCAUUGCCCAAGACGUCAUCAGCUACAUCGCCCUCGCCACAGACGCCGGACGAAUCUGGCUUAUCAAUUGCGCUCCAUACAUGGCAGCUUUUUGGAAGAUCCCCGAUUCUGAGCUCAGUCUCUCCGCCGGACGUCGCGCCCGACGGGAAUUCGAAGGGCACUUCAAAACGCUGCAGGAUAUGGCGGCUGACAAUCUUACUGCAACUGGCUGGCUUACGCCUGCGGCUGACGGAGGUCCGGGCAUGGCUGACGUGAUGCUCGCUGCGACGGUGAGACAUACGGAGUUGAGCUGGGGUGAAUUUAUUUUGGAGCAUAAGGGGCUUGGGAGGUUGAGGGAGUGGUAUGAGAGGUUCAAGACAUUGGGGUUCUGGUACGAGUUGGAGGAGACGGGGCGAUUUCCUGAUAAUGCGAAACGUGGUGAGGGAUCCGUUCAGAAGUAG